AUGCAUGUUAAAGGAGAAGUACUAAUCGACUCAGAAACCAUUUGCAUUUUAUCCAGAAUAGUUUGGAACAAAGAGGAAACUUCGACGUUAGAGGCAGAUGAAGAAGCGGAGGAUCGUGGAUUGACAUCGGCCGACGAAUCUCCGGCUGUUAUUAGCAGCAUCGAUGAUCCUCAUGUUUUGACAGUCUUGCGAAGUUUAAAAUUGAACUGCCCCUGCAAAUCGUGCACCGAACACAAUCUAGUAUCCAGCAAUCGACAGGAAGACAAUAGCGAUUUAAAAAGCUCGUCAUCUCCAGAAGAGAUCGGAAACAAAAAAUGGUCGCUGAGAUAUCGAAAGUAUAUUGAGACAACCUCAGAGGAUGUGGAUGUUUCGUCUGAUUACAGUGACGAAUAUAGCAAAAAGGAAAGGACGAAUCGACACAAAGCAAAGUAUACUUUGACUCGACGUAUCAAAACGAGUUCAAUAGUACACGCACCACCAAAGAUUACGAACCGCCGACGAACUAUAAAAAUACAAAUCAAAGUACACGAAAUUCUUCUAGUCUCGCCACAGAUGUCAAUUAUUUACAACGAUUUUUUAUGAUAGAAUACAAUGGUGAAAUACAGCAAAAUAAAAGUAAAAAACGAAAGAAUAUUUUCCAAGAUCCUCGUAAGAGCCUUCUCGUUUUGCACCAAGGCUUUAUCAGCUAUCAGAGACAAGUGCAAAUAUCCUCUAUAAGUCAACAACGAACAACCAAUCCCUGUAUAACUUCUGAAAAUGAUAAUAAUAUUAUCCCGAUAAUUGAAAAAGUUAAAAAUCUGUAA